AUGGAUCAAGAUUAUAGCGAAGUAACGUUUAGAGUCAAAACGCAAAAUAUUAUCCUUAAAUCAUACGAGGAUGAAUUUAGUUUUCCAUUGCGUCGAUGGCAAGUAGAGCUUAUAUUACUUGAUAAGGAUAAUAAGGAAACAGACAUAAAUAUACUGUCGACUUGCACGUUCGUUCUACAUGAUUCCUUCAAGGAUAAUAAACGUUCAAUUCGAAAACCUCCAUUUGUAAUUCAAGAGACCGGAUGGGGUGAAUUCGAUAUUAAAAUAGUUUGUACAUUAGCACAUAAUGCGGGUAGUUUUAAAAUAAUUCAUGAUUUGGUGUUUGAAGAUGAGGCAUAUAAUGUAGAUUAUUCCGUUCAAGUACCAAAUUAUAUCGUUGAUUUAAGGAAUGAUUUAAUUCCUUUUUAUGACAUACCUGAAAUAGAUGAUAGUUAUCCCGAUUAUCCAUCUGAUAUCUAUAGAACUAAGAAUAUUCUAAGUCUAGAUGAAGACGAAAUAACAAAUUUUGUUCAAAUUAUUCUUGAUGAUAAAGCUGUACAAAGUGAAAUUGAUAAAUUUGAUAGAACAAAACCUUUUUAUACAUACUUAGGUCAAUUUCCAAAAGAAUUACUAAAUGCUUUAGAUUCAUAUCUACAGGAUAAAAAAAACAAAAGAAAUCAAAUUCCAAAUUAUUUGAAGAGCAUCGAUGAAAAGAGAACUAUCUAA